AUGGGUAGACGCGCGUUCGACAAGCACUUCAACGAGGCGCGCCACGUUUAUGGCUUGCGGUGCCUUGGCAUUACCAACACAACCCUCUUUAGGGAUAUCUCACACAUCGACGAAGCCCUCCGACUCUGGGAGAGAAUUCAGAAAGAAGAGAAGAGGAACAAGGUGGACGAAGGGACCGUGGUUCAGAUGGAGGAUGCUGAGGGUAACGUGAUGCCAGAAAAGGUGUACUAUGACUUGCAGAAGCAGGGCUUGUUGUAA